AUGAAUACAGCUCGCGUGUUCCUUUUCUUUUUCCUGUUUAAGACGGUUCUCGCUGACAGUUGUACAGAUUUGUGUGAAUGCGAAUAUGAAAUUGAGGACGUUAUAGUCAAGUGUAAAGGUGCACGUGUAGUCCACGUGCCGACGGAUCUGCCGGAGAAUGUGACAGAACUGUAUCUGAGCGGAACUGCCAUUACUAAACUGCACACUGGAGCUUUCAGGAGGUAUCCUGGUCUAACUCAAAUAUUUUUCCGAGAUCUUCGAAAACGGCCAUGCUCUUUAGAGACUCUGGAGAAAGGCAGUUUAAGUCACCUGGACAAUCUCCGUGUGAUAGGCAUUAUCGGAUGUGAGAGACUUGGAAACAUAGGGCCGGGAGUGUUUGGAGAGUUCCAACGUCUCGAUACCAUACAAAUGUACAGGAACGGCAUCACACGAGUUCCCAAUCUGGAGAACUUCAGCACCAGGAACAGGGAUACCAACGAAGUCAUGCAAGAGAUAGAUUUAUCAAACAAUAAAAUAGAAGAGAUUGAGGAACACGCUUUCAUGUCCAUCAAAACAAAUCUUCUUAAACUGGACAAUAACAGAAUCCGAACAAUCAAGAAAAGUGCUUUUUACGAGGCGCAGAUAGUAAACCUACAAAUCAGCGACAAUCCAACAUUGACUGUGUUAGAAGAUGGCGCGUUCUCCGCAAUUCAUGAUCUAAAAAAACUCGACCUUUCACGAACUGCCAUCACUAGCCUCCCAACAGCAGGAAUAUCUGAAAUUGAGAAGCUGAUUUUAAAGGACACGAAGUCCCUACGUCACUUCCCGUCUGUAUGGACGUUCAAUAAAAUAAAAGAAGCGCGACUGUACUAUCCUCAUCAUUGUUGUGCCUUUCUAAUACCGGAAAAGGAGAGUCCGGAAAAGCGUCAGAAACAGCGUGCGUACGAGGAAGCUCAACGCCGAAUACACCAAGAUUGUGCUACGUCCUCCUCGCCCACUACUCAACACCAGACAGGCACUACUACCCCAGUUGGAUCAAUGUCGCGACGGAGGAAACGAAAAUCUGACGACUUUUCAAUGGAUGAUGUAUCAGACAACCCUGUAGGGCCCGACUAUGAGGGUUGGGUAGAUUCUCCGGCAGGUUUCCCUUCUGAGAACAUUACUUGGUUAGUAUCUCCCGUACCAGAGAACAACAGCCAAGUGCACAUAAAAUGUGGAAUUAUCUAUACUGAAGAGAACUACAGAGAAGUGGAUUGCACACCCAUACCGGAUGCGUUCAAUCCAUGUGAGGACGUCAUGGGGUACGAGUGGCUCCGGAUAUUUGUUUGGUUUGUUGUCAUGGCAGCCAUACUUGGCAAUAUCGUUGUCCUGUUGGUACUCGCUUCAAGCAAACGGAAAAUAACUGUACCGAAAUUCCUCAUGUGUAAUCUUGCUUUUGCCGAUUUUCUUAUGGGUGUAUAUUUGUUGCUGCUGGCAUCUAUCGACAUUCAUACACUUGGAGAAUACUUUAACUAUGCUAUAUUAUGGCAAAACGAAGGGGGGUGUCAGACAGCCGGUUUUCUAACGGUCUUCUCAUCCGAGUUAUCGAUCUUUACAUUAACUGUAAUUACACUGGAACGUUGGUACGCUAUCAGUCACGCCAUACAUCUCACAAAAAGACUCAAGCUGCGUCAGGCGGUAGGUGUGAUGGCAGCCGGCUGGCUGUAUGCUGUCAUUAUGGCAAUGCUUCCUCUGCUUGGUAUAAGUGACUACGGUAAUGUCAGCGUAUGCCUACCCAUGCAGGUUGAAAAUGCCACGGAUCAGGCAUAUGUGAUAUCUCUACUCAUGAUCAAUGGUGUUGCUUUCCUGUGCAUCUGCUGCUGCUACAUCAACAUGUACUGGCAAGUGCGUAACAGCGAUUCUACAGCAAGAAGUAGCGAUGCUACUAUUGCCAAGCGGAUGGCUAUGCUCGUCUUCACCAAUUUCGUAUGUUGGGCUCCUAUUGCAUUCUUUGGCCUAACCGCUUCCAGUGGUCUCCCUCUCAUUGACAUCUCAAAUUCAAAGAUCCUUCUGGUUUUCUUCUAUCCCUUGAAUUCAUGUGCCAAUCCAUUUUUGUAUGUAAUUAUAACAAAACAAUUUCGAAAAGACAUGUUUGCAAUCCUCGACAAGUAUGGUAUAUGUAAGGAUAAGGCAAGCAAAUAUAAAUUAACUGUGACAAGUAAAUCUUUGACUCAGUCCAGAAAAGAUAGUUUGGCGCUUCACAAUAUCAUUCAUCCAAUCAACAGUUCCGUCACUCAAGUCUCCGUAAGUUUUAAAGGUUCGAAAAAUUCGCUCAAGAUUAGUACAGGCGGUCCGUCACCGAGUAUUACACCUAAGGGAACACCCAAAGACACAGAAUCCCCAAUCACUACACAAGUGCGCAACGAAAUAAUUGACAGUCAGUGUGAACGAAAACUUAGUAUUGUACGCGAAACAAACAUGUCAUCAGACGAUUUCGGAGAGGUAACAAAGCGGUACUCUGAUGCCAAGGAGCCGAACACCCCACCAACCUUCACGAGUCCAAGUGAAUAUGUUAUCUUUUUUCCGGGGAAUAGAAAAACCAGCGGCAAUCAAAAGCGCCCUUCUUAUGGUCAGCAAUUUAGUUCGGAUACGUACUCUUCUAGUCAGAGUGGUAAUUGCACCGAAUUAUCGUGUCUAAGCGAUGUUUACACCGAUGCUUCCAACACGUGGGAACUUCGAGAGGGCGGUCCGGGUUCGACUUCCUCGGACACGUUCUAUCCCAUUUCGGAAGAAGAAAACGCGGAAACUGCCCUUCUAAACAACAAGCAACACAUGGAAGGAGACGUUGUCUUGGAAAGUGAAGAUGAUGUUGACGAUGAUGACAUUGAGGACAAAGGGGUUCACCAAGCAUUACUUGGAGAAGCUAGCGAAGAUGAAACAAGAAAACCUCAAAAUGGUCUGACGACCAGAUUCGUUCACUUUCAAAUGGCGGAAGAUGACGAGGGUAUUGAUGUCACAGAAAAGACUUCCAACAGGAGAAGGUCAUCCGAUAACAUGAAUUCUAUUAAAUCAAUAAUUAUAAAAUAUAAAUUACAAUGGACGUUUACAGAAUUCAAAAUCAAGAUUGCAGAUAAAAAACGCACUGCAAAUUUUGCUUAUUUCACGAUGAAAAGUUUUCACAAUCCUUUUCAAAAUUCAAAGUCAACACAACUGAGGCAAAUUAUGAAUAAAAAGAACGAGACUCCUGCAAAAAAAAACCCAACAAAAACCAAAACAAAACAAAAAAUGGAGAAUAAUACCGCAAGUUCCGGAAGAACAGAAAAUGAGCAAAAACGAAAUAAUGACGGAGUGAAGGAAUGGCGGCUAAAGGGCAAUACGUCUGCUCUGGUGAUUUCAUGGCGGUGA